AUGACGGACUCGACAACCAGCGCUGGAUUGCUGAUUCUUAGUGCGGCAUUGGUAUCCCUUGGUGCAGGUACGCCUUACCUUUAUUCCUUUUGGGCACCUCAAUUCAUAUCACAAUGUCACAUAAAUGCGGGCUCUGUUAGUACACUGUCUUACUCAUUAAAUAUCGGCAGUUGUAUUUUGGGACCAAUGGCAGGGUAUAUCGUCGACCAGUCACCAAAAGUUGCGUGUGCAAUUGGCUCCGGAGCCACUUUAUUGGCUUACAUAGUAGUCAAGAUAUGCUAUGAUCGCGCAAUUGGAAAUGUACCUUUAAUAUCAUUUGCGUUGGCUCUUAUUGGGUUUGGCUCGGUUGCCGGAUUCUAUGCCGCAGUUAAAUGCUGCACUGCAAUGUUCCCCAGGAAUCGCGGAUCUGCAACUGCAAUACCAAUUGCUAUGUAUGCUUUAUCAGCUAUGAUAUAUUCAACCAUUGGUACAACAAUAUUUAAACAGGAAGAAAGCAAAUUCUUCGUAUUUUUAAUUCUUUCAUGUCCAGCUCUAAUUGCCGUUGGUGCCACAUCUUUUGUUAUGCCGGAGACGAAAUAUGAACCCAUUGUGGAAGACAGCUCCGGCCUACAAGCUGCUCCUGUGAUUGAAGGGCUCUCCAAUGCUGAUAUAUGGUCGAAGAACAUGAAUUUGAAUAUUGAGUUAAGGGAUACUAGGAAGACAUUUUCACCUGGUGCACACGAAGGCGUAACACUCUCGCCAUAUAAAAUAAGAGACGAUGAUGAUCUAACGCAGAGGGGACUCACGCCCAGCUCCUUUGACAUCGACACCAAAAUUGAAGACAUGCAUACGCCAUCUUCUAAUCAACUAGAAUUAACAAUAAAACAGCAGGUCUUAAGUGCACAAUUCUUCUCUUAUUAUUUGGUUCUGAUGAUAUUGCAGGGGUUUGGACAAAUGUAUAUUUACUCCGUCGGGUUCCUUGUGACUUCUGAAGUUGAAUAUGCUAAUAGUUUUGGAGCCGGCUUCAAUGCCGAAACAAUUCAAUCUAUACAAGUCACUAUACUAUCGCUAUUCUCAUUUCUGGGUAGAUUAACAUCUGGAACCAUAUCUGAUUUUCUAGUGAAAAGAUGGCAAUUACAUAGGCUCUGGAAUAUAGCAAUUGCCGCAUUCUUAGCUAUCAUUGCAAGUCUGAUAUUAAUGAAGAAUUUUGAUAGUCCUGCCAUAACGCCAGGUAUCAGUGCUGCUAAAUUAGGAAAUUUACAGAAAAUAUAUCUAUCAUCAUUACUUAUUGGGCUAAUGUUUGGUAUUGUUUUUGGUACCUUUCCUUUAAUUGUUGCAGAUACGUUUAGUCAAAAACACUACAGUACCAUUUGGGGGCUAUUAACUACUGGCGGAUUUGUCGGUGUCAGAGUUCUAUCCAACAUUCUAUCCAGUAACAUGGUGAAAAAUAUCCCAUUAGGGAGUACAGAGAAUGUUUGUACUAACAGUACACACUGCUACCAAGAUACUUUUAAAUUCACAGCUUCAAUCGUUUCGACAGCAUUAGUGGCCAUCUUUGUAAUUAUUUAUAAACAUAGGAGGUAUUAG